AAUCAUUACCUGGCUUAACUAUUUAGUAUGAAACAGCAAAAUACACUAACCCAGGAACUGAACGAGUGCUCUUUGAGAGGAUUAGGUAACCAAGCAACCGGCUCCCAAACUGUACACUCACAGACACGGUAAUGGACAUACAUUGCCUCCUAGCCUACUGCCUGCAGAGGAACUGCUUGUAACCCGUUUAUAUAAGGAACUGAGCUUCCCAAUUACGUCUGUGUGCUUGGAGUGGUCAGAUAUUUCCUCCAUUAUGAGUACAGGACCCCUCUACUUCUAUGACCAGGUGAAAAUGAAAACAACUAAACGGGUAAAGAAAAUGCCUGAAGAAUUACCUCCUGAUAUGAAAUACAUAAACAUUAAUCCUCGUCUUGCAAAUUUUAUUAACAGCAUCAAUAAAAGCAGAAAAGGGGUCUCAACUCAGGCUGAAAAAAAGCAAUUAUCAUUAUCGAAUGAGGACAAAGCACAAAAAGAAAAAGACAAAUUCCCGGUGCUGCCUGAAAUCAAUGGAGCUAACCCACCAAAGAACAGUAUAGAAAACCCAAACCCGAAGCCCACCCACUUCCUCACUGAUGAUGAUCAGUUCAUGAGCCCUUUUGAGGAUUAUAAAUAUGUUGCCCCAACUUUACUUUAUGAGCUUGGAAAAUUACUGCAUUUUUUCUCGCAGUAUGAGAUCAUCUUCCCUCAAGGAGUAAUCAACAUACUCUACUAUAGCUGGAAGGAGCUCAUCGAAGGUGCAGUAUACAACAAGAAGCAUUGCCAGUCACAGCCUUCAAAGAAAGGGACAGCAGACCAAAGCCAAGUCCCAGAGGAAAGUGAAAACAAACAACCUGGAACUGUUCCACCAGAAAAUGUGGACAGUCUCAAGAAUACUAAAAACAAGACUAAUGCCACUCUGGCCGAAAGUGGAAAGGAGAAAGGGGGACAACAUACAAAUAAGGCAUCUGGAAACAAAUCGCCUCAAAGUUUUGCAUCCCAUUUACCAGUCACAAUCAGCUUCUCUAUGGCCUCCAGAGCAUGCGAGGACAGAGGGUGGAUUCUUCAGAAGACGGAUUCCGCGUCUGAAGCCAUGGAAUUGAAGGGCUUGUGUACAUGGGCAGUGGAGAGACUGCAGCUAGCACAGAUGCAAAUAAACAAGCAAUUAACAUCAAUAGCGGAGAAAGGAUGGACCAAGCCCGUUGUUGUCCGUUAUUAUGAAAAUACCGGUAAUAAAAGAAACACUGAUGUAAAGCAAAGGAAAACAGUUAAAGCUCCCUCAUUCAUGCUGGUUAGAGGAAUGCCUCUCAUCCCUGAAAUCAAGCGGGACAAUCCUUCUCUGCGGAAACUGCACUUUGGUCUGAUUGAUGGUUCCUCCGUGGUGUAGUAUC